AAUAGAUAUUUCAGUACAGAAUUCCAAGUUUAUACUUUUAAACUGGCCAAAAGCUAACGUAAAUUCAUAACAUUCAUUAUAAGUUUCGUAUAAAUGUUAAAUAAAGAAUGGUUAUGUAAUGUUAUAGAAUUGCUCAUUUUGUGCUCCAAUUGAUAUUAGGUAAACCUUUUAUUUCAAUUUGAAAUAUAAACUUUGUGAAAGGUCUGGAUUACCCAUAUUUCUUUGUAUAAUUGAUUCCUGGCCUUAGUCAAUAAUUAGAUCUAUAUUUAUAAAUCAAUGUUCUGUUAUAUGACUAGGUCAUAAUAUAGAACAUGCCGGCCUGUUAUAUUUUUUAAAGCGGGGGUGCUUUUAAAAGUUGAUAUGUUUAAAUGGAUUUAUUAAUGUUUAGAUUUGAGUGUCGGUGACUUGUUAUGGUAACUUGCACUUUCCAUACUGAGUGGUCUGGAUAGUCACAUGUGGUUAUCAUUCAAAGUGACCAGGGGGUGUUGACACAGUUGAGAUGUGUUGUCAACAUUGAUCUGUCUAGGAAACCCUUUCCAUUGACCAAGUGAGUCCUCCCAGGAAACACCCUUGUCUAAUUGAGUCCUCCCAGGAAACACCCUCAAUAUGUCUGCUACACCUCACAGUGAGGACUGCACAGAUGUCAUUAUUAUUGGAAAUGGACCAUCAGGGAUCUGUUUGUCAUUCCUCCUGUCAGGAAAUCGUCCCUAUUACAAUGGAGGAUCCCAUUCCAAUGUUUACUUGAAUAAAAAACUAGAGAAGCUGGAUAAAAAUAAAUCAAUAGUUGAACAGGACUUGGAGUAUCUGUCUGAAGGUUUAGAUGGGAGAUCAUCUAACCCCACUGCUUUGCUUUUUGAUAACCUUUGUCGACCUGAUGCUGAUAUGGGAGUUGACAAUCCAUCCCUGUUGUCAUGGAAACAUGAACCCAAACACAGUAUUAAUCACAUAGUUCUUGGAAAGGGUAAACCUGGAGGAGCUUGGCAGAAAAUGGAUGGGAACAUGCAGACAUUAAGUUUAGCCAACUGGAUGGAGCUACCAUCUCUUCCAUUUAAAGACUGGAUCAUGAAUCAUCACAUAAAAGAGGACGAAGAGGUGUACAGAAACCGUGCCAGUGUAGCAGACGUCAAAAAUUACUAUACCAGCUUUGUGAAACAGAAUCAGUUGAAUUCCUUCUACAAUAAUCAUACAGUUACCUCAGUGCGAAAAGUGUUCGAUUUCAAAUCUUGCAUAGACUCAGAAAGUGGUGAGAGGUUGCCAUGUUGUAAAAACUUCAAGGACAAUCAUCCAUUUUUGUGGGAAGUUAGAGGGUACAUUGAAAAUUUUGAAAAUGAUUCAGCUACAGACAAAGAACAUGGGACUAAAUUACAUGAAGAAUUUUGUUAUAUAGCACCUCAUGUUGUCAUAGCAACGGGUACAUUUGAUAUUUCUAAUAGACUUAAUAUACCAGGUGAAAAUUUGUCAUAUGCUGUGCAUACACUGCAAGAUUUUGAAAAAUGCCUUGCUGAAAGACUGAAAUAUCCUGCAUCGGACCCCAUUUUGAUUGUAGGGUCUGGUCUGAGUGCAGCAGACGCUAUACUUAUGGCAUUAGAAUCAAACGUUUCUGUGAUACAUGUUUUUAGGAAAGGUCCUAAUGACCCAAGUAUUAUUUUCAAGAAGCUGCCUGCAGGCAUUUACCCUGAAUACCACAGAAUUCAUGCCUUAAUGAAAAAUAAGAUAUCUGACCCCUUAUAUAAAUCCUACUGCAAACAUCAGUUAAUUGAUUUAAAAGAUGACCAAGGUGCACUUUUAGAGUCAACCGAUAGCAAAGACAUUAUUUCUGUAGACAUAUCUAUGGCUGUGAUAUUAAUAGGAUCUCGACCCGAUUUAUCAUACCUCCCAUAUGAAGCCAAAAACUUGGGUGUUGUACCACGAUAUCCAAUAGAAUGUAAACCUAAUCCAUUAGAUGUGGACCAAUAUAGUUUUCAGUGCAAUCAUGAAGUUGGACUUUUUGCAAUGGGACCAUUGGUAGGAGAGAAUUUUGUGAGAUUUGGUUUAGGCGGUGCCUUAGGAAUUAGCAAUUUUCUAUACAAAAAGAAACAGAAAGACUGUAAUGACUAAAUCAACAUUUUUCUGUUCUCAUUUUAAUACUGUAUUACUUUAUUUAUUGCUAUUUGUACUUUUGUAAAAUGGAAAUGUUUUUUUAUACUACAGUGUCUUUCAAGACUGCACAUGUUAAUUUGACAAAUGUUGUAGAAAAAUCUGUACUAAAUAAAUUACAAGAUUUCAUCAUUUUUCAAUUCUCUCUUCACAUACUGUACAUGCAUUUCCAAUGUAUGGAUUGCUUUUUGUGUAACAAUAUUUCCAGUUUCAUAAGUUUAUUUUGCAAUUUUAAAUCCGACCUACUUAUAUGUGUAUAUGUCUUGUAUUUAGUCAUUUUGUAGAAAAAAGGAAGAAAUAAAAGAAACUUAUUACUAUACAAUAGAUGUUGAAAACUGAUUUACAUGGUCAGGAGUUUUGUCUCAUGGCUGUGUUCUGGGAUAAUCUCCUCAGUUCAUGUGUUGAUAUAAAUGCAUAGUUUGUUUUGUUCCCUUUAACUUGUGUAGUGUUUGCAGAUAAUGUUAAAUUAUUUUCAUCUUUUUGUCUUUGUCAAAUUGUACUACCAUUACAAAUAUACUUUGGUUUAUGGUGAUUAAUACCAUGAAUACUAACAGAUCUAAUUGCCAUCAGAAAUCAGGCAAACAACAUGUGAACACCUGUUUUGACAACCUUCAGAACCAAGAUAAUUUAUUUUUCCUUUUUUGUAUAUAAACAAGAUUAAAAAAAUAAAGAUAUGAUAAUGUUUCUUCAUGGUUAAUGAAACUAGGAUUAUUAUGUUUAUUUAAUUAUGCAGGAAAUAGCAGCCUGUCAAGGAAAGUAAUUAUAAGUAUUUUGUAAUGAAGCUCUAAAUCUAAAACUUUGAAAGACUGUUUAGGCAGCAGGUCUGUUAGAUAAAGGGUUUGUCAUUUUUGUUAGCGUAGAGAUAUACCUCAGGACCAAAUAAGAAUUGUCAAUGACUGUUAAUGUAACAUUGAGCAAAAAAUGUGAGAAUUUAAAACUGGAAGGUUUUUUUUCCAGUUUUAAUUGAACAUACUAUUAAAAGGGUACUUACUACAUUAUUAUUGUAAGAUAUUUUUUUAUGAGUUUUUUUUGUUUUUUAUAUAUAUUGCUGGAGAAUCUUUAGCUUUUGAUUUUUUGUUUUAUGAUUUUUUUAACUUAAUUACUGUCUAAAUGAAAAAUGGCAAACCAGAUAUUUGACUGGUGUUUCUUAUACCUCUGUGCCAAGAUGGAUAUAUAUAUAUAUGGUAUUCUGAAGUAGUUGUGAUUUUUUUCUCACACACAUCAUUUGGUAGCAACAGCUUACUUUAACUGAUCCCAUUUGGAACUGGUAGUGUUAUACAGAAUAACUGACUAUUAUAAGAUGGGGUCUGCUAUAGUCAUGCUUCAGUGAAUUCCUAUAUAAUCAAUUAAAUUUUCCCCACAAAAGGCCCCUCACCCUGGAUCCGACAUAGCUUCUUUCAGCCGUUUUUCUGAAAUAUGUAAAGGUUUUCAAUCAUACCAUAUAUAUGAUCAUGAUUGUUUUAUAAUUUCAAAUAUAGCAAAAGCAUGCAAUUUUAUAUCAUCGCUAUAUUUCAUGAAAUAAUAACAGGUGUUUGUUUUUUUCUUUUCUUUACAUGAUUUCAGGUGCAAUAUUAAUAAAUACAUAAUGUAACAUUCAUCCUAUCACACCUGCUAGUAAAACUGCUGUCCAAGAGCAAUAUUUUGAGUAACUUUAACCUGCAUUAUCAAAUCAUCAUGCUUAUUUAGCUUGGUACAUUUUGUAUUUCAAGCACAUAUGAUUUUUUAAGCGUACUAAAGUUUUUUUGAUGGAAAAGCCAGGUGUCUCAAUAGUAUGCUUCUGCUAUCUAGUGACAAGGUGAUUUUAUUCUUGGUCGGCCAAAAAUUUAGAACUAAUUUGCCAAUCAAAAUUGUUAGCCUAUAUUAUUUAGUGGAAAGAGCAAAUACACUUUCAUUAUGGAUAACUUGUUAGCAUUGUCCAUUGAUUGCAACUUCUUUUUUUUCUACCACAUGAAGAUCCUAUGUAAAAUCUAGAUGACUUCAAAAUGUUGAUGAUUUUUACACUAUUUUGUUAGAGUAUGUAUUUACAGUUCCUUUUGAAUGAUAUAUGGUUUUAAAAUGCUAAUAGGAAAAAAGCUUGAAUAACAGUAUUUAUUGUAGUCUGAAAAAUCCAUGAAUUGUUUUUGAAUUUUGACAACUUUUGAAAUAAGUUUUUGAGAUUUUAUUUGUUUUCAACCACUAACAUGAAGUGAAAAAAUUUGGCUUUAUUUUAAGCAAACAGUAAAAAAAUCUAACUACAGUUAAAAAAGUGUCCAGUUACCAUCUUUGUGCAGAAGAAAAAAGUGAAAUUUUAAAGAGUUAAGAUUUUUUUAUUAACUUUUUGGAUUCAACAACAUUGUGAAAUUCCUGGAUUUCCUAUUUUGAUAAAUUGUACAAUAAUAGAAAAGUGUUCCUUGUCAUGUCCUUAUGUUUUAUACUUUUAUUAAAUGUUAACUGAUGGGACUUUGUCAGUUAACUUUAGCAGAU